CAUCAGUCAGAGGGAGCGGUUCAGUUGCACACGAUGCAAUUGGACACAAGCCAAUCAAAUUGCUGAGUUUAGUUAGGUUAGGUUAGAUUUGAUUAAUUUGAUUGGCUGUGUCCAAUUAUACUGUGUCCAACUGAAGGCCACUCAUAAUCAGAGAGACGAAAUCGACGUCUAGUUCCUGAUUGGUGGAGCCAUAUUGAGCCCACAGAGUGACAGUGAUUGAAAACAUAAGAAACUAGAAACUCACGAAUUCACGAAUUUAAGCUAGGUGAAAACUACACAUCACAUUAAAAAAGAAAAGAUGGUUCGUGUGUGCGUAGCAUCGGGGUGCUCAACAAAGGAAAACGAGGGCAAGCUUCUCCUACGAUUUCCUAAAAAUCCAGAGCGAAGAUGCCAGUGGAUUGAAUUGGUACAGAAGACAAAACCAGGUUGGAGAAUAAAAACCAACAGCUGUUUAUGUGAGCUUCAUUUCGAUACAUCGUCAUGGGAAGAAAUAAGAGUAGAUGGUACUAGAAAGCUGAAAGAAUCAGCACUCCCCAAUGUCUUCCAGAGAUCUUCCCCAUGUAUGAAUGUGGAAACGGAUCAUACAUAUGUACAGACAACCAAGCAACAAUACCUUUUGUCUGAGGUGCACUUUGACGACGGACAAUACGAACAAGCUCGCCAAGAUGAAAGAAAAUUGCUCCGCUCAUGUGUAAUAUCGACUUUAUUACAAAAGCGUAAGAUAAAGAAAGAAAAGGAAGAGAAAGCUAAAAAAGCUAAAUAUUCCAAUGAUGUAGAGGAUUUAGAAUCUCGCAACUAUACUGAAAUAACCAAUUCUGAAGUAAUUCAUACUGGACCAACCAAUUCUGUAACCUAUACCGAAACAAGCAAUACUAGAACAACCAAUGAGGACAUAUCAAGAGACACUACAAAUACGAUGAGUGAAAAAGAACAAAUCAAACAUUUGCAAAUAACAUUGAGGAAAACGUUGCGGCAAUGCAGUGAAUUAAAAAGAAAGCUACAACAAAGAAAUGUAAUUUUGGAAAAAAUAUUUGCAGACGAUCAAAUAAACUUGAUCUUAAAUAAUACACAAAGAGGAGCAUCGUGGUCCACUGAGACGUUGGAUAAAGCAUUGAAAUUGUAUGUAGCCUGUGGAUCAAAAGGUUAUGAGGAGAUAUGUCAACAAAAUUUGCCUUAUCCGAGCAUUCGAACAAUACAACAUCACAUACGAGGCUUCAAAUCUAAGCCAGGUACAAACGUUGAACUCUGAAGAAAAACAUGCAGUAUUUGUCAUACACGAAAUGUCUAUAAAACCGGGCUUACAAUACGAUCGCUCCAUUUCUUCAGGUGUGGAUCGGCCACCAAUGAAACUAUCGGAUGGAUUUGAUAGUUCUCAUGAACGAGCAACGCCCUUGUUUUCAUUCUGUGCGGCAUUUCCUCGAGGUCAAAACAAACUAUAGAAUAUUACUAUAUCUAAAAUUAUAAUAAAAAUUGCGUAAAAAUAAAA